AUGGAAGUCGAUGAGAACAUUGAUACCGAACCGUAUACUAUUGUCAGUAAUGGUUGGUUACAACUCAGAGAUAAUUCGAAGAUUGAGAAAUUCCUCGUGGAAAUGGCACCGUCUAAGAUUAACAAUACAACUGGUUGCUUGUGGAUAUCGGUGCAUAAUCAGUCGAAGACAAGAAAUUUAGGCAUAUCAAAUAUUGGUGAACUGUGUCAAGAAUUUAAACAGUUAGAAGUAAAACUUGGCAAAGACAUGAAAAUACAGCAUAUGGAAUAUUUGGCUAGAAAGCACAAUGUUUUAUGUGGAAAGUGGAUGUGUUCUGUUAAAACACCACAAGUUGAUUACGUGUGGCAAUGUAUUGCUCGUGCUGUUAUCAAGGGUCGUUUGGGUUCAUCUGCUAAAGUUCAAUCGUCCGCGCUCAAUCGAAUAAUAACUCAUGUUAUUUGUGUUUAUACAAAUAAUUAUUUGGAUUUAGAAGAACGAAAGAUGAUACGAGAUGCACUUGCAAAUGUGUUGAUUGAAUCAAACACUUUUGUUCGACGUCUGACCUAUAAACCAGAUAUUUAUACAUAUUUAGGAAUUUAUGGUAACCAUUCAGUAAUAAGUGCCGUUGUCGAUUCGAUCAAAUGGUAA